AUGAAAUUGUAUAUAAUCUUAAUUACAGUAUUUCUAAAACUAUUACUCAUUCAUACAAUCUCUACUGAGCCUAUUAUUUAUGGGGCACUUCCAGAUACAUAUGAAUCAAUAACAGAUCAUAUCAUUGUCUUACAAUCUAAUAAACCUAUACAUUUAACUAUAUUUGGUUUACAAAUAGAUUAUAUUAGUCAUAUAUCAUUUGCAUCAAUUAGAAAGCCUCCAAAUUCACCAUGUGAACAUGAACGUGUUACUAGUUCAUUUAAUACACUUCCCGAGAGUUCAUUUGUCACUUCAAGUCUUAUAAGUUUACGUGAAUUAUCCAGUAAUGAAGCUGCUUUUUAUCUAUGCAUUCGUAUUAUUCCUGUACAAAUUAUUCCACAUAUUGAUUCAUCAGAAAAUACCGCAUCACCAUCACAACAACAACAGCAACUACGGAAUUAUUCUGAUAUUGACGGUAAAUGGAUCUAUGCUAAUGGUACUACACCGGAGUAUCGUUUAUCCUUUCGGACAACAAGUGCUCUUAUGCCAUUAUGGGUACAAAUUAUUUUAAUUAUUUUAUUAUUUUUUCUAUCUGGUUUAUUUAGUGGUCUUAAUUUAGGCCUUAUGUCACUUGAUAAAACUGAAUUAAAAAUUAUUGAAAGUGCUGGUUCACAUAAGGAAAAAGGUUAUGCUAAAGCUAUACGUCCUGUACGUGAAAAAGGCAAUCUGUUAUUAUGUACACUUCUGCUGGGUAAUGUACUUGUCAAUACAUCAUUAACUAUACUUAUGGAUGAUUUAACUGGGAGUGGUUUAUUCGCUGUUAUCGCCUCUACUAUUGGUAUUACACUAUUUGGUGAAAUUAUGCCACAAGCUGUAUGCUCAAGGCAUGGAUUAGCUAUCGGUGCAAAAACUUUAUGGUUGACAAAAACAUUUAUGCUGCUCACCUUUCCAAUUGCAUUUCCUGUUAGUUAUAUAUUGGAUAAAAUACUUGGUGAAGAAAUUGGUCAAGUGUAUAGUAGAGAAAAGCUUGGAGUACUUAUACGUGAACAAGCUUUGGCUGGAACAGUCGCCACAGACGAGAUGAAUAUUAUUACCGGUGCAUUGGCUUUAACGACGAAAACAGUUGCUGAUGUGAUGACUCCCCUGUCUGAUGCCUUUAUGUUAUCCUAUUCAGCUAUAUUAGAUUUUCAUACAAUGAAUGAAAUCUUUUCCCAUGGUUAUACACGUAUCCCUGUUUACGAGAAUGAUAAACAGAAUAUUCGAGCUGUAUUGAAUGUUAAAGAUUUAGCCUUUAUCAAUACAGAUGAUAAGGUGCCUGUAUCGACUGUAUGCGAUUUUUAUAAUCGUUCAAUUAUUAUUGUAUUGGAUUCAACGAAUUUAGAAGUUAUGCUGAAAGAAUUUCGUCAAGGAAGAGCUCAUAUGGCAUUUGUUGAACGUUUAGUAACAGAAGGUGAAUGUGAUCCAUACAGAGAAAUGAUUGGUUUAGUCACUUUGGAAGAUGUUAUCGAAGAGAUUAUUCAAGCUGAAAUAGUCGAUGAAACAGAUAUUUUGACUGACAAUGUUCAUCAUCAAGUCCGACAAGUACGUAAAAGAGACUUUCGUAUGUUUGGUCUUCAUGAUUAUCAGGGCAAAUCGAGAUUAUCACCACAAUUGAAAAUUGCCGCUUUACGACAUUUAGCUUCAAAUGUUGAAUCUUUCAAUGAAAAUUAUAUUUGUUAUUCUGUAUUGCAAAGUUUUCUUAAUGCCAAUAUUGUUGCUGAAUGUUUUUACAAUGCCAAAGAUGAAGAAGCUAAUACGCUAUAUCAUAUGGGUCAAUGGGCAAACUAUGCUAUCCUUCUACUUCAAGGACGUGCUACAGUUGAAAUUGGUGCUGAAGGACUUGUAUUUGAAGCUGGACCAUUUGUUAUGUUUGGUGAAACUGUUUUAAGGCGUGUCAAUGAAUUGUUUCCAAAUCUAUCAGAAAAUAUGGAUCCAUCAGUUCAAUCGGCACGUUUGGCGUCUGAAGCUCGAUUCCUACCAGAUUAUGAUUUAAAAGCUUCAACAAAUUUACAAUAUUUAAAAAUAUCCGCUGAACAUUAUCUGUUGGCUAGACGUUUAAGUAUCCUGCAUCAACGAGCUAAUAUACCUGGUGAUGUCACAGCUAAAUAUUCUAUGAAUCUAUCUGAGAAAUUCAAUGAAACGAAAUCAUUUAAUAAUAUAGCUGGAUUAAUUGGUCCAAUCACUUAUGAUUGUCAUGAUAUGUUUCAAAAUGCCUGGAAUCGUCAUAUCGAUCGCUUGCAAAAAUCAUCGUUAGCUGCAGCAUAUGCUGCUACACUGGAAGAUAAUCAUCAACUUGGUGGAGGCCUCAGCGGCGGUGGCGUUGGGAGUCCAAAUGUUUGCGCAUCUGUUACACCGACUACAGAUGUUAUCGCUCCUGGAAAUCAUAUACAGAAUGAUGAUAUUAAUCCGGAUAGUACGACGAAUACAACGCAUAUUUCUAAUGUUACUUCGACUACAAGUAGUACUAGUACUUCUAUGAAUACUCCAAUGUCUACGAUUAAUACAACUGGUAUAUCAAAAACACCGUCUAUCGUUAGGCAAUCAUCAAACACUCCACUCAGUGAUGCUAGUAGUAAUAAUAAUAAUAUUAAUAACAAUAAUAAUAAUAACCCUAAUGGUAUGCUUAAUAGUACUUAUAGUAGUACUAAUAGUAGUAGUAAUAAUAACAAUAAUAAUAAUAAUAUUACUAGUAGUAGUAGUAAUCUUAAAUCUGCAUCUAAACAUUAUGUCUCUGAUGAAGACUUAAAUUCUGCGAAACCAGAAGAACUGCAAGCAUUUGUAACACCGUCUAGUUUACCUUCAAAUAUUUCACUAUCUAGUCGUCAUGAUGGAAUUGCACAUGUGUAGGGUGUGAGUGAGUGAGUGGGUGAGUGCAUCCUCUUGUUUAUUCAUGUACUGCCCGUCUACACUCAGUUAUGCAACACAAUGUACAACAUAACCAAUCGUAUUUCAUCACUCACUCACUCAUUUGUUUUGUUUUAUUUGAUUUUACUUUUUUUAUUGAGAAUCCUGUUCUAUACUUACUACUACCAGCACCCGUAUAGUGUUCCCUCUCAAUUAUUGAUUAAUUAGUGGUGCUGUGAAUGUUGGAAUGUUGUUUGAGACAAGGUUUGGUGUUUUAUUUUGCCUUUUUGUGGGCCGAGUUUGAUUGAUAGUUAGAUAGAUGUAUGUUUUUAUUUGUGAUUUUGUUAUAUACUACUAAUACUACUACUAUUAUUCUUAUCAGUAUUGUUGUUACUCUUCAAAUUAGAUUCUUCUGUGAGUGUGAGUAUUUUAUAGUCAACACUAACUAUACUGAUCAUGCAUUCCAUAAAUACUGAAGAGGCACACUAAAUAUUAUACUAUCGCCUGUCUUUUUCCUUUUCUUUCUUUUUUUUGUUGUUGUUAUUGUUGUUGAGUUAUUCUAUUUUCUGAUGCUGCUGCUGCCUCCGCUAGAUGGGGUGGUUACUUUCUCAAAGUUAUGCAAUUAUCAGGGGGGGUGGGGUGGGUGGGAUGGAGAAACUAUUACUCUCUGUACACUGAACUUAUAUAUACAUAUAUGUGUCUCUAAUUGCACUUAUUGCCUAUCUAUAGAUGUAUAUACAUACAUAUAUAAAUAUAUGUUAUCGAUUUCAUCUUCUAGAAAUACUCUUCUCUUAUCAACUUCUACUCAUUCUAGACGGUUCUUCUUUCAUUACAAUAUCAUUAUUAUUAUUAUAUUAGAUAAUUGUGGCUGCCCUCUCUCAAUUCAGCUUUCUUUUGGAGUAGAUAUAUGUGUGCAUUUUGUGGGAAUACAUACACAUAGAUAUGUACCUUUGUUUCUGUUUCAUUUUGCAUUCUUAUCCUUUGUCUUGUAGCUGUUAUUGGCAGAUGUCUUAUUAUUAGUAUUCAAUAUCUUAGGCAUUUUGAGAGCUAUUCACAUGGAUUCUAUGUUUACUAUUAUAUGUAUCACAGUUGAAUCUUUCAGUUCUAUUUGUUGUCUGUAGUACUUCUUGCCAAAGAGAGAGAGUUUGUGUGUUUGGGUGUUGAUUUAUUGUGUUUUUUAUUUUAUUCCUUUACGAUCCAGUGGAACAUUGGGUGGCUUCAAGCUAGAAGCUUGAACUUUCUGUAGCAGUGGUUGGUUGCUAGCCUCACUUGCCCCACCCCAAACCUUCCCUCUUUAGCAGCCUUAUUACUGGCUUAGAGAGGUAAAGGAAUGAGUGCGUGGGUUGCUCGGAGGUCGAACCCCGAACCACCUGCUUGGUUGGCGAGCAUUCUACUGCUAUGCCACUGAUGCACUAUGUAUGUAUUCUUUACUUACCUACUUUGCCUACCUAUCUAUCUAUCUACCUAUCUUUCUAUCCUACCUACUCUACUUAUCCUAUUCUAUUCCAUUCUAUCCUAUUUAUCUAUGUAUACAGCAUAUAUAUAUAUAAAAUUUUGUAUAUACAUAUAUAGUUCUUUUAGACUGUUCGAUGGUUUCCCGUUAUUAUUUAAUAUUGCAAUUUAUACUUAAACUUAUUUUCUUCUUUCUGACGUCUGGGUUGUUAGUUCGUUGGUUGGUUGUCUUUUUUUCAAAAUUUGUUUGUGUACAUCAGAAUACGACGGAAACAGGUCAACAGGGUCAUGCGUGUGUGUGUAGGCUGUGCUAUGCGGGGGGGGGAGGCUUUUACCUAACUUUUAUUCUUUUUCCUUCGCCUACACACAAAUCGUCUCUCACUCUCCCCCUCUCCCAUUUUAUAUUGAAUGAAUGAAUGAGGAUUCUUCAAUGAAUUAAUUAAUGAGAUCACAUGAAGGGGUGACUAGAAGCAAUUAAUUCUCCGAGUACAUAUAUAUACAUAAAAAUGUGCCCAAAAUAUUAAUUAAUAAAAAACAAUUGAAGAGAUUUCCAAUCUUAAUUACUUCAUGGUGUUGUAAUUCUAUAUUAUUGAUGAAGUUAUUUUCAAAUCUUAUAUAAGAAUUUCUCUUUCCAG